UCCCAACACAAGGACGAGCGCUGUUGCACAUCCAAAGGUCCUUCUCAUGCAUAUGCGUGGCCAGGCAGCCUGAACGAAUGACAUGACACCAAGCAGCUGUGUUGCUGACAGCAAAUACAUCAGAAACAGAACGGACUCAUUUGUCGCUGACAUGAAGCUUCGAGUUGCUCCCUUCGCUGCUGUAAUUGUUGUUUUGGUGCUCAUAUGGGCCAUCUCGCACGACUACGUACGCAUACGGCAGAGAGCAAGAGAUCUUCUGGGAAUGGAAAGUGCAGCACAAUUCAAACUAAAAUUCCAGUCAAAAACCCCUCCACCACAAUGCAACCUCUCCAGAAAUUGCCCACCUGAUCACUUUGCAAUACACAUGCAGAGUGGAGCAGCUAACGUUGUCGGGCCCAAGAUCUGUUUCGAUGGCAAAAUCAUCAUGAGCCACGUAUUGAACAACGUCGGACCUGGACUCAAUAUUGUUGUUGUAAACAGUGAGAACGGUGCUGUGGACAGAUGUGGCUAUCUGAAUAUGAAAGAUGGCGUCCCAGAGGACAUCUUGGCGUACCUGAAAGAGAUUAAACCAGGAGAGAUUGUCAUUGUGGCCUCCUUUGACGACGCGACAACAAAGAUGACAAAAGAAAUGAGGGAGAUUUUUGUCGGGAUGGGCAGCGCUUUGAUCGAGUCCGUACGUUACCGUGACAACUGGGUGUUUGCGGGAAGAGGCGGGGCGGCAAGCAGAAGCUCCUUUGAGAAGCGAUCUGCUAAUGACGACGCAAGCAACCUUUAUGACGGAUGGCCCGUGGCGGUGGAGGUGGGCGGCUGUUUCCCCAGGAGCUCUUAAAAAAUAUUUCUCAUAAACACAAUCAUAGGAAUACAUUUUAAUAUGAAAAUAAAUGUUUUGCACUUACCGUUUACUGGUUUAAAGCAAAUAUUGGACCCUUUUUUUCUCUUUUUCUGAAAAUAUUUGCAUUAUCUUCAUAACAAGUCCAGGUCAAUAUCACUUGAAAGUGCCUUUGGCAACCUCAUCAGAAUCACUUAGUCAUCAUGCAAAUGGAAGCAGAAUAAUGAAACUGAGGUCUUAUUAAAGUGGCUAAACUAUUGCACACGUA